AUGGAGAGAGGACGUGGAGCCAUCUUCUUCUUGUUACUGCUGGUUGCCGGUUUCGGCGCAGCCCAAAACGGCAGCGGCAAAGCAGAUGAAUUCCACGUCGGGGUGAUCCUCGACCUGGGAUCGCUGGUGGGGAAAGUGGCGCGAACCAGCGUGCUGUUGGCCGCCCAGGAUUUCUACGCUGUCCACCAGAACCACAGCACAAAGCUCGUCCUCCACGUUAUGGACUCCGUGGGCAGUGAUGUUCAGGCUGCAUCGGCAGCUAUUGAAUUACUGGAGAACUACAAAGUGCAAGCCAUAAUUGGUCCCCAGAAAUCAUCGGAAGCUGUGUUCAUAUCUAAUCUUGGAAAUGUAACCCAAGUCCCCAUAAUAUCAUUCACAGCAACAAGCCCAUCCCUUGCUUCUGAUAGUAUGCCAUAUUUUGUACGAGCAACAUUGGAUGACUCAGCUCAGGUGAGAAGCAUUUCCGCUCUUGUAGAAGCCUAUGGAUGGAGAGAAGUGGUGGUAGUAUAUGAAGACACUGAUUAUGGGAGAGGCAUUCUACCAUACCUCACUGAUGCACUUCAAGAAAUUGAUGUUCGUGUUCCGUAUCACAGUGUCAUCCCUUCGGCGGCAACAAACGAAACGAUUAUGCAAGAACUCAGUGUGUUGCUGGCAAUGCGAACAAGGGUAUUUAUUGUGCAUAUAUCAUCUACUAUGGCUUCCCUUCUGUUUACGAAGGCAAAAGAGGUAGGCAUGAUGAACAAAGGAUUUGCGUGGAUCACUACAAAUGGAGUGGCAAACAUCAUUGACUCACUCAAUCCAACUGCCAUUGACGCGAUGAAUGGUGUGCUAGGAGUAAGGUAUCAUGUUCCCAGAUCACAAGAACUUGAUAAUUUAUCCAUAAGGUGGAACAGAAUGUACCAACAGGAUAACCCAGAUGAAUCACCCUUUAAUAAACUAAGUAUUGUUGGACUAUGGGGCUAUGAUACAAUAUGGGCAUUGGCACAAGCAGCAGAAAAGGUUGGGAUAUCUGGUGGCAGAGAUAAGAAACCAUGGUCCAUUGAAAAUUCCACAUGCUUGGAAUCCAUACCUAUUUCCAUCAAGGGUCCUGAACUCUUAACAGCAAUCGUACGAAACAAGUUCAGAGGUUUAAGUGGUGACUUUGACCUUACACGCAGACAACAGCUUAAAGUUUCUGCGUUCCAAAUAAUAAAUGUGGUUGGGAGAGGUUGGAGACAAAUCGGGCUUUGGAGUGUGAAAAGUGGACUUUCAGGACAUUCAAACAAAGAUUAUUUAAAAAAAACAAGACCAGCCUCAAUACUUGAUUUAAAUCCUGUAAUUUGGCCAGGAGAGUCGACCGAGAUACCAUUGGGCUGGGAAGUUCCUAGAGCUGGUAAGAAGCUUAGAGUUGGCGUGUGCUCGAGCGAAAAUCCAGAGUUUAUAAAGGCAUACAAAGAACUUCACACAAACAAAACAACAGCGAGUGGCCUGUCAAUCGACAUAUUUGAGGAGGCAGUAAAGAGGCUACAUCGUCCACUUCCUUAUGAAUACCUAGAAUUUGACAGAGCUGAUACAACAGGUUCGGGGAGCUACAAUGAUUUUGUUUAUCAAGUCUAUCUUCAGAAAUACGACAUGGCGGUUGCAGAUAUUACUAUAAGAUACAAUAGAUCAUUGUAUGUCGACUUCACUGUACCAUACACGGAAACCGGAGUAGGGAUGAUUGUUCCGGUGAAGGAAAACAUGAAUACGGAUAUGUGGCUCUUCUUGAAACCAUUGAGCACUACGAUGUGGUUUGGCACCAUCAUGUUCUUUAUGUACACAGGAGUUGUUGUCUGGCUGCUGGAAUAUCUAAUUGGCAAUGAACACGCUCAUGAGGAUGAGCUGGAACGUUUUCUAGCUAGAUUUGUUCUAUGUGUAUGGAUGGUUGUUCUCGUGAUACUUGCAUCAAGUUAUACAGCAAGUUUUGCAUCAAUGCUUACUGUACAACAGCUUUCCCCAACAGUGACUGAUGUUCAUGAACUCCAGAAGAAUGGAGAAUGUGUAGGGUUCCAUCAAGGUUCCUAUAUAGAUGGUCUACUGGUGGAGAUUGGUUUUGAUAGAUCAAAGAUCAAGGGCUAUGCUACACCUGCCGAUUUUUAUAGUGCUCUUUCUAACGGAAGCGUUGCUGCGGUUGUACUUGAAGUCCCAUACAUCAAAUUGUUUCUCGCAAAGUACAACAAAGGUUACACAAUGGUGGGGCCUAUUUACAAGAGUGCGGGUUUUGCAUUUGUGCUUCCCAAGAAUUCUCCGCUACGUGCUGAAAUGUCAACUGCAAUACUCAACAUAACAGGAGGAGAUACCAUCAUCCAGAUUGAAAAGAAAUGGAUAUAUCAAAAUAAGGAUGAAAACGGUGACGGUUCAGGCGCUAUCAACUUCGAAAGUUGUGGGGGAUUAUUCCUCAUAACUGGAGUUGUGACAACCGGUUCCCUUUUCGUAGCCAUGCUGAUGAGCAGCUACAAGAAACGAGAACAAAAUGUAGGAAACAAACGGGAUGACAAGAAUGAAUCUGGAUCUGGGCCUAGGGAAGAAAAGGAGAAAAUGGAAGAACAAGGAGCUCAAACCAGCAAUGGAGAGGGAACUGAAUUGAUGGAGGGCCAAACAACAUUGUCAGUGCCUCACCGUUCGAACGGAAAUGGUGAUCAGCUUGCCAGGCAGUAG